AUGAAAGCUCAUCUCUGCGCAAAAGAAGCCGAAUGCCAAGUUUUGCGUGAAGAGGUUGUUCGAUUGUCCACGCAAGUAAAGAGCGAACCUCAAGUUUCGCCUUCCACAACCACUGAAGCAUCGCAAAAGGUGUCUUCCGAAAAACCAAAACAGCAACAGAUGAGACGACUCUUACCCAUGGCCUCGAAGGAAGUGCAGUGUGAGAUCCAAGCCUCGACGCCUCCAGAGGUAGAACCCUCGGCGCAGCCAUCCCCAUCUUCCAAUUCCACGGAGGCUAAGGUGAUCUUAUCUCUGCAGGUUGAGAUCGCUCGUCUUGCUCAGGAGAACACCCUCCUCACUCAACGCCAGACGAACCUAGAAGGGCGCCUCGAGAAUAGCAAGCGUCAGAAUUCAAAGUUACAGUCUGAAAUGCGUAAAGCAGCCUCCGUUGCAUCCAAGGAGGCGGAAGCCGCAGUCCGCCAGCAAAUGGGUGAGGUGGUCAAAAAAUUACAAGUGGAGGUAACAGACAAGGAAGAACUCCUCUCCACCAAGACUGCUCAACUUGAAUUAGCAGAGCAGACAAAGGAUGAAGCCCUUCGAAAUUUGCAUGACCUUCAAAAGGAACACAGCGAGCUUAUGGAGGCUAAACGGACUGAGGAGCUUCAUCUCGCAGACACCAUGAAGAUGUUAGAAAAUAUGCAGAAGGAGAGGGAUGAUGCAAAGAGAGAACAAACUGCUUCUACUCACAAUCUUAAUGUAGUUAGAUCAUCCAUGGAGGCGGAGGUCAACGGCCUUCGACAGCAGUUGGCUCAUUUGAAAGCUUCGUUGGAUCAGUCGACCCGCCUGAAAGAAGAACUUGCUUCUGCUCAAUCGGAACUAGCUACCACGAAGAAGGUGAUGGCCGAGGUAACAGAGAAGAAUGACUGCGCGGUAUCUGACGAGACAGAGGCUCAGUUGAAAGCUGCGUUGGAUCAGUGCGCACUUCUCAAGGAAGAGCUAGCUUCCACUCAGGAUGAGCUGGCUGCUGCCAAAGUGGCAAUGACUGAGCUGACAGAAAAGCAUGUCCACGAGGUGUCUACAUUGAAGGCGCACGCAGAAGAACUCGUUGCGAAGACCGAAGAAUCCUUGAAGUGCCCGGCUCCUGCUGAAAUGAAGUCUUCUACACCGGAGGAGGUCUGCGGUGAAUGUGCGCAUCUUUCGGCAGAGGUGGUCCGCUAUCAGGAGAUCAUCGCUUCGACCGAGGAUGCGUUGUCUCACCUUCAGCGCUCCAUCGGAAAAGAAGAGGAGCGCUGGCGACUUGCCCUUCGAAACUGUUGCGAUGAGAACACGCAGGCAAGUCUGAGCGACUUGCUUUCUCCAUCUUCCCAGUUACCUAGACUGCUUGCACUCACUCUUAAAGCCAGACUCUGUCAGCUGGCCUCGCAGUCGGAGGGUGAUGAGGUGAUUGAAAAUGGGACCAAUUCCAGCAAUGGACGCGACUUCUCUCCAUCAAUUGUGGAGAAUGGUGGACUCGACCAGGAUGUCAAUACUUAG